CACGCAUUCUUGCAGAAAACCUAACCUCAACUAUGAAUGAUAGUGAUAGGCCACUUUUUGUAUGUUUUCGGUAAACAUUUAAUUAAAAUUGUAAAUUCAAAGUGAACCUUCGUGAAAAAAAUUGUUUGUUCGAUUGUUUAUUGGCGAAAAUCAUGUCUUUGAUUCGUUGCACACAGUUGUUGAGUCGAAAAAAUGGUACUUUAUUGAAUGUGUUCAAACAUUCGGCUGUUUACUAUUCAGACGACACAAAAUCAUCAGACGAUGGAGGUCAAAAUGAUACAAAAGCUGCGGCCGACAAGAAAGUUGCAAAGAAAGAUGGAAAGCAAUCAAAAGCAUUUUCGCAGGAGAGUCAAAAUCGAUUGAAUGAUUUGCUGAAAAAGUUGUCAUCACGUUCAUCACUGAGUGUUGUGUCAGAGGUGCAGGGCUCAAAACCGAUUGGCUAUCGAAAAAUCCGGCAAAACCAACGGCUUGACGCAAAAGAACGUAAACCACGUAAUAUCGCUGAUGCGGCUCAAGCUGUUUCGAAGGAGCUCGGCGAAAAGAGGAUCAAAGAUGAAAUUUUGGCACCGUUUGAAGGUGAACAAAAAGGAUCAGAGUUUUUAGAUGAUGUUAUUUCAAAGAUGAAAACACCAGUACAACGAAGAGACAAACCAGCCCAAGCACCGGUUACUGGUGCAUUCACAGCUGAAAAUACAAAGCGUGAAGUUCCAUUCAGGCGUCGAAAGCCAUUCGUCAAUGCGGUUGAAGAGUUGGAAAAGUUAUCGAAGAGAGAACGUCCCACAGCAGAGAUCGUUACCGAUGUGUUUGCCGGCAAACCGAUCGGCAUAUUCGAAUCAGCCGAAAAGCUUGAAAGCAAAGAAGACACACUGAAGACGUGGAAGAAGCUUGAACAACACGAUUUACGACUUCGAAUGUCAAUGGCACCACGAAAUUACUUUGAGAAAAUGGCCUAUUGGACGGAGGAAGGCAAAAUUUGGCACUUCCCAAUUGAUAACGAACAAGGACUAGAUGAUGAGCACCAAACAUCAUUCACGGAUCAUAUAUUCCUCGAGGAACAUCUUGAACCAUGGUGCCCAAAGAGAGGAGCUGUUCGGAAUUUUAUGGAACUCGUUUGCAUCGGAUUAUCGAAAAAUCCAUACUUGAGUGUGCAGCAAAAGCGUGAACAUAUCGAAUGGUAUCGCAAUUACUUUGACGAAAAACGUGACAUUCUACAACGAGUCAUUGAUGCAAACGCCCAAGCCACCAAUACUGCUCAAGUCACCGAUGGCACGAAGAGCACAUAGAUUGUUCCGUAGAUCAUAGCUAGAAUAAAUUAAGAUUCAAAGGUGCUUCUCAAGGACUUGUAUAAAAUAAAAUGUUUGAAAUGAA